AUGGAGGCGCGUUGGGGUGCCGCGGUGCUUCUGGUGGUGCUGGUGCGGUCCUGGGCGCUGGUGUCGGGGCAGGUGCGGUACUCGGUGCCGGAGGAAGCGAAGGUCGGGACGGUGGUGGGGCGGCUGUCGCAGGAGCUGGGUGUGGAGGCGGGCGAUGCGGAGGCGCGGCGGCUGCGUGUGGUGUGGCAGGGCCGGCGGGCGAGCGUGGAGGUGAGCGGGGCGAGCGGGGCGCUGGUGGUGAGCUCGCGGCUGGACCGGGAGGAGCUGUGCGGCAAGAGCGCUCCCUGCUCCCUGCGUCUGGAGCUGCUGCAGGAGCGGCCGCUGCGCGUCUUCCAUGUGGAGCUGGAGGUGACCGACAUUAACGACAACGCCCCGCUCUUCCCCGCCGCGCGGAAAAACAUCAGUUUACCGGAGAACUCCCCAGUCGGUUCUCGUUUCCCACUGGAGGGCGCGUCGGAUGCAGAUAUCGGAGCGAACGCUCAGCUCUCCUACAAAUUCAGUCCCAGCGAACAUUUCCAGCUGGAUUUACAAAAAACCGAGGAGGACGGUGAUUCCUUAUUCCUGGUCCUCACGAAAGCCCUAGACCGGGAGACAGUGCCUCUGCACAGGCUGUUGCUGACGGCGAGUGACGGGGGCCGGCCCUCUUUAACAGGCACAAUGGAGUUGGUGAUCUCGGUGCUGGACGCCAAUGACAAUAUCCCUCAGUUCAACCAGUCUGUGUAUAAAGUACAGCUGCCGGAAAAUACAGAACGUGGCACAUUGGUGAUCAAAUUGAACGCCAGAGAUUUGGAUGAGGGAACAAACGGCAAUAUCGUGUACUCUCUCCAGAAGCUGUUCCCUCAGGACGAGAGGGAAGUUUUCGAGAUCGACAGAAAGAGUGGAGAGAUUCGGCUGAGGGGUGACUUAGACUUUGAGGAUGUUCGUCUCUAUCGCCUGCAAGUGGAUGCAGCGGAUCAAGGAAAUCCGCCGCAACUGGGUCACUGCAAGGUGGUGUUGGAGGUGCUGGACGUGAACGACAACGCGCCCGAGGUGUGGGUGACGUCACUGUCGGUGCCAGUGCCGGAGGACGCGUCGGUGGGGACGGUGGUGGCGCUGCUGAGCGUGUCGGACCGGGACUCGGGGGCGAACGGGCGAGUGCAGUGCUCGGUGUGGCCGACGUCGCCGUUCGGUCUGGAGUCGAGGUUCGCGGGGUCGUACUCGCUGGUGCUGCGAGAGGCGCUGGACCGGGAGCGGGUGUCGGAGUACGAGGUGGAAGUGCGGGCGGAGGACGGCGGGAAGCCGUCGCUGCGUGCGAGGCGCGGUGUGCGUGUGCCGGUGUCAGACGUGAACGACAACGCGCCGUCGUUCUCGCAGGCCGUGUACACGGUGCUGGCGCGGGAGAACAACGCGGCGGGCGCGGAGCUGGCGCGGCUGUGGGCGCGGGACCCGGACGAGGCGGACAACGGUCGCGUGAGCUACUCGUUGUGGGAGGGCGUCGCCGGGGCCCCGUGGUCAGGCGGCGGGUGGCGUCCGGCGUCGAGCUACGUGUCGGUGGACGCGGAGAGCGGUCGCCUGUGGGCGGUGCAGCCGUUGGACUACGAGGAGCUGCAGGUGUUGCAGUUCGAGGUGCGAGCAGUGGACGCGGGGGAGCCGCCGCUGGUCGGCAACGCGACGGUGCAGCUGUUCGUGGUGGACGAGAACGACAACGCGCCGGCGCUGCUGCCGACCGCGGGCGGCGGUGCGGGGCUGGUUCCGUUUGCGGGUAGCGUUGCCGGGUCGUCGGUAGAGGGGGCGUCGGGAUCGGAGUCGGAGACGCUGUGGGCGUGGGCGGCGUGGGGGUCUCCGGCAGGGCAGGUGGUGGCGAAGAUCCGUGCGGUGGACGCGGACUCGGGCUACAACGCGUGGCUGCGGUACGAGGUGUGGGAGCCGCGUGGGAAGGGCCCGUUCCGCGUGGGGCUGUACAGCGGCGAGGUGAGCACGGCGCGGGCGCUGGAGGAGGCGGACGGCCCGCGGCAGAGGCUGGUGAUCGUGGUGCGGGACCACGGCGAGCCGUCGCGCUCGGCCACGGCCACGCUGAGCGUGUCGCUGGUGGAGGGCGGCGAGGCGGCGCUGGUGGCGGCGGGGUCGUCGUCGUCUUCGUUGAUGUCGGGUGUGGUGUUGCCGGUGGAGGGCGGCGCGGCUUCGUCGUCGGCCAACGUGUGGCUGGUGGUGGCCAUCUGCGCGGUGUCGAGCCUGCUGGUGCUGGCGCUGGUGCUGUACGGUGCGGCGCGGUGGGCGCCGCGGGCGGCCGUGCUGUCGGGGCCGGCUCCGGCGACGCUGGUGUGCGCCAGCGAAGUGGGCAGCUGGUCGUACUCGCAGCGGCAGAGCCGGAGCCUGUGCGUGGCGGAGGGCGCGGGCAAGAGCGACCUGAUGGUUUUCAGCCCCAACUUGCCGCCGCCUCCUCCCGGCCCCUCGGCCAAGGACACCUCGCAGCCGCAACCUACAGCUUUGCUGAACACGGUCAGUGGCCCUCCCUUUCUUUUCUCUUCCACCCACCAUUCCCUUCUUGCUUGCCCCCAUAGCCUGAGACUCCUCUUCUCUUCCCUCGCCCUUUUCGCGUCUCCCCUGGCCUGCUGGAUGCCAGAAUCAGUCUGCGGGAGGGUUCUUAUGGAGGCUUUCUUUUAG